AUGCGGUUCUCGUCGAUCAUGUCCCAGAAUUAUCUGUUAGCGCCCAUCCAAGAAUGCCCCUCCGAUUUCCUCGUCAAGGAUGUGAAAUUGGCGGUGCUCGGAACAGGGGGCGUGGGGAAGAGCGCCAUGAUUGUACGGUUCCUCACCAAAAGAUUUAUUGGAGACUAUGAACCCAACACUGGGAAUCUGUAUUCAAGACUUGUUCAUAUAGAAGGUGAUCAAAUUUUUCUGCAGAUCCAAGACACACCAGGAUGCAUGGAGAACCAACAAGACUUGCCGCAGAUGCUGGAUUCGGUUUCUGGUUGUCUCAAGUGGGCAGAUGGCUUUCUCUUAGUCUAUUCAGUUACCGACCAUCAUAGCUACCAGUUCAUUCGGCCACUUUUUCUACACAUCCAGAAGAUUCGCCCUGACUCAAAAAUCCCAGUCAUCAUCGUAGGGAACAAAGGGGAUUUGAUGCAUUCCCGACAGGUUGCAGCAAAUGAUGGCCUACAGUUGGCCAAUGAACUGGGUGUUGUGUUUCUAGAAGUUUCAACAAGUGAUAACUAUCAAGGUGUACGUGAUGUCUUUCAAUAUCUUUGUAAAGAAGUUAGUAAACAGCACAGUUAUGGCAGCCGGGACAAAAGAAGGUCAUCCAUCAUCCCACGUCCCAAAUCACCAAACGUGCAAGACCUCAAGAGACGUUUCAAACAGGCUCUUUCAUCCAAAGUGAAAUAGAC